AUGGCUACUGGCUCCAAGUCUCGCUUGGAUGAGUCUUGGGUGGUUCAAGAUCACGGUGACGACAGCAUCAGUUGGCAUGAUGAGCAUGAUGAUUCCGCCACAACAGACUCGGCCGAAGACUCAAGACUGAGCAAGUCCAAAAACCCCAGCUCGUCAAAGAGAAAACCUACCACCGGCCGGUCCAAGCCCUCCAAACAGACCAUGCCUGCUUCGACAGAACCGCAAUUCAUCAUGCCCUCUCCCUUCACCUCGACAAGCGUGCCUGUGGUUGAUAGGUUGGCCAAGAAGCGCAAAACUCAGAUGACUUCUAGGGCAAAUCCACCAAAGCAGCAGAAUGAGACGGCGUCAACCAGGCCAUCAGUGCAAGAAGAUUCACAGGACACAGUAGCAUCCAGAGCAGCCGAUCAGUUGGUCGUUAUGUUGGGCCAUUGUGCCGAGUGGACGCUCGACAUUGUCGGCCAAACUCUGAAGGCGUUGAAGAAGCCUAUCUCGUGGUUGCUAGCGGCAUAUGUAUUUGCUGGCAUAAUGAUGCUUGUGCAGAAUCUCCUCACUUCGUCAAUCUACGCCGCCUUGUCGCCCAUCUGUCGAGUCCCUGGCGUAUCCUUCCUCCACCUGCCCAUCUGUCAAUAUGCCCCGUCCAAUCCAAAUGCUCCGACGCUUGGUGAAGGUGCCUCUGCGCCCGUGGAGUUUGACGAGUUGAUGAAGACGCAAGCCCACUUUGAGGAGAUACUCUCAGAAUCCGCCACGGGGGUCACUCUGCCUCUCGACAUGAAACGGUCCGAGACUUCUAUCCGCGACCUCCGGCAAAUCGUGCGGUACUCGCAACUGGCGUCGCGCAACGAGCUCGUCCUGGAAUUCGACGGCUUCAUCGAAACCGCGCGCAUGGCCAGCUAUGACCUCCAGAAAUUCAACUCCCACGUCGGACGCGGCGUGGACAUUGUGCUGAGCACUGCUCGGUGGACACAGCGGGUACUCGACGACAUGGCCACGAAGCACUCGACGCGCGGAAUGAUCCCGUCGUUCAUCCAAGACCGGCUCCUCGCGCCAUUCAAGCCUGUCCAAUUCACGGAGUCGGCCUUGCUGGAGCAGUACAUCGCACACACGAGGGUUGUAGGGGACGAGAUCGAGCGGCUGAUCGAGGAAGCGCAGGCGCUGCUACUUGUACUGCAGAAUCUGGAGGAUCGACUCGAAGUGAUCCAUUCGGUGGCGCUGCACGACAACGUCGCCGCGCAGGCCGGCAAGGACGAGAUCCUAGGACACCUCUGGACGCUGCUGGGCGGUAAUCGGGUGCAGCUGGGCAAAUACAACAAGCAGCUCACGCUGUUGCGGCAGGUCGGGCAGUACCGCAAGAUCGCAUGGGCGCAUGUCUCCGCCACGAUCCUCAAAUUGCAGGCCAUGGGCGCCGAGCUGGAGGAGCUGCGCACCCGCGUCGCCAGUGCGGACCUCCUGCAGCAUCAUCGCGAGAUCCCGCUCAGCGUGCAUGUCGAGAGCAUUCGGCUGGGUGUCGAGAGGCUGGAGCAGGGACGGGAGCGAGCUAGACGCCUGGAGCAGGCCCAUGUUCGAAGGGUCGUGGACGGGGCAGAAAGUGAACAGCUGCUACCUAGAUUGGGCGCUGCAUGA